AUGGACGCGGGAGCCCUCCGAGCACGCAUCCUCGAGCUCGAGGCCGAGCUGCAAACUACAAAUGCCCUGCUCCGGCGAAGACAGGGAUCAAGCUCGAACGCGGGAAUCAAUCCUUUUGCUGCCGCCGUAACAAUUCCUCUAGGGCCAUCGAUGCACAAUCUGAUGCUCCUUUCAGACUCUGCUCUCCCACUGGGCUCAUUCGCGUACUCGAGUGGCUUAGAGUCUUUCCUCGCUCACCACAAACCUUUCCCGUCCGGCCAGACAAGUCUGUCACUCUUCCACAAAUUCCUCGAGCUUUCAAUCCAGUCGGUCGCGUAUACAAAUGUCCCAUACACCCUUGCCGCGUUUCGAGACCCGCUAGAGCUCAUGGAUCUGGACAAUGACCUCGACGCCUCGACUCCGUGCAAUGUCGCACGAAGAGCCAGUAUUGCCCAAGGCCGAGCCUUACUGAGCGUCUGGGAAAAGGCGUUUGCAGCCACUGCAAAAUCCCAGUUCGAGGAAGGAGUAGAAUCUGUCACGGCAAUUGAAGUGUUUGCCAGAGACCUCAAAAUUGCAGCGGUAUCUCCGGACCCUCUACCAGUCAAUGGUCAUCUCGCACCUCUUUGGGGUGUGGUCUGUCUUGCCCUUGGUUUGAACCUGGAAGAAGCGGGAUAUUUGUUUCUCCUGAAUCAUGCCAAAGCGGUAUUGAGCGCCGCAGUCAGAGCCUCCGUUAUGGGACCGUACAUGGCGCAGAGCAUCCUAGCGGGACAUGAAUUGCAGGAUUUGAUCCGGCAGUCCUUGGAGAAGGUCUGGCUCCGCCAACCUCAGGAUGCCGGACAGGUGGUCCCAUCUAUGGAUUUAUGGGUUGGAAGACAUGAGAUGCUGUACAGCCGGAUUUUCAAUUCGUGA